AUGAUGGCGCAUAUGCUAAAUCAUUGGACUUUAAUAUUCCUUUUAUUUAACAGCUUCUUCACUCUAGCAGUGGAGCUGGGUAACUUAAGUGGGAGCUCACUUAAUACAUUAUUUAGUGCGACAAUAGAUCACAAUAUAGAUGAUGAGUACAAGUCCACAGAUAUUGUCAACUCAUAUAUACUUGCAGAGUCUGUUCCUGUUAAAGACAAUAUCCCAUAUGGAUCGAUGCUUGGCUAUCGAUUCAAGCCUAAUAUGAGUGCUGAGUUUACACACUCUUACCAAAUUAUUAUUUACUUAUCAGCUUCACUUUGCCAGUUGCCAGUCAAUUGGAACACCUCUAUUUCAAACAAUGGUUUGACUUUGUAUUAUACGUUUAAUGAGACAAUAGCAAAUAAUACAGACUUUAAAAAUAUGGAGAAAGUCGAUUUUCAAGGUGGCUAUGCAAGUGCAAUUGCGGAAACGGAAAUUAUCUCCACUGAUAGUGAUUACAUGUUAUAUUUGAUGAUUCAGCCCCAACAAUGUAACAACUGUACAGCUGAGGAUAUUUGGGUAUAUGAAUUUGCUGCAUCUCAAAGAAAAGUUAUGUUCCUCUAUGAUACAGAACCCAGGAUUUCAGUUCUAGAUGUUGAUUACGAAGCUGCGAUUUUUCAGACAGGCGACAUUCCCUUUGGGCAAAAUAGUUCAUAUAGUCUCUAUUUAUUUAAAGAUGAAUAUCCUAUACCUAUUGGUCUCAAUCAGUCAUGGUGUGCAAUUAGUGAAAACCAACAAUAUGAUAAAAAAAUUAGUGUCAAUGAAUCUCUAGUUUCUAGUUUAAAAAACGCAUUUGUUGUCUCUGAUCUAGAUAUAGCCAAGACUUACACAGGAGUUUUGGUUAUUACCAAUGACAUCAUCCCGUAUGGAGGAGGUAUUUUUGAGCCAUUUGUCUUUACAAUGUCCAAAACACGAUCUUGUAAGCUGGCGUAUGGCCUAGAGUUCUGUGAUGAGGUGGCUUAUGCUGUUCCAAUAUCGGAGUCUUACUUGUACGGUAAGGAAUCAUGGUCAGAAUUUGUUUCCAGUUAUGACAAUUAUUCCGAAAGUUUAUAUCAGCCCUUUGAAUAUGCACUACAGCAAGUGGCCUGUGAUACAGAGCUUGAUGCAAGAUAUUCUCCUAUUCGAACAUGCAAUGAUUGCAAAUAUUCAUAUAAACAAUGGUUAUGUGCAGUCACCAUUCCAAGGUGUGUUUCUUCGUUGAAUUCGGGAGUAUUCAACCUAAAUUACACAGCUGAACAAGGAAGAAAUGAAUAUAUUGCAGAACACAUAAAGCCUCCGCUUCCUUAUAGUGAGAUUCUUCCUUGUUUGAACGUCUGUCAGGCAAUUGUUCGUGAUUGCCCUGCGGAUUUUGGUUUUGGAUGUCCCAAAACCCCUGAACUGGUGCAGUUGAGCUAUGGUGACCAAGAGUUAUUAAAAGGUAAUUCAGAUGCUGAUGAUACUGAUGAUGACGAAAGUAAUGCAAUAGCAGAGCUUGUCAGAGAAACACUUUCCGAUGGUAGUAUUCAGACUUAUCGACUUUGUAACUACUUAGGCGUUUCGAACAUCUAUACUUCUUCUUCCUCUGCAGAGGCAACCUCUUCGGCAUCAACUUAG